AUGGCCGAAAAAGCAACCUACACCCACGGCCACCACGCCUCCGUCCUCCGCGUCCACAACCAACGGACGGCCCUCAACUCCGCGGCCUUCCUCCUCCCCCAUCUCAAGCCACACAUGAAGAUCCUAGACAUCGGCUGCGGCCCAGGGACAAUCACAGUCGAUCUAGCGACCUACGUUCCCGAGGGCCACGUCACGGGUCUCGAGAUGGUAGGCGAUGUCCUCGUCGGCGCGCGCGCCCUCGCGGAGUCGCGGGGGAUCACCAACAUCGACUUCGUUACCGGGGACGCCAAUUCACUCGCUUAUGAUGAUGAGACCUUUGACGUCGUCUUCUGCCACCAGGUUCUGCAGCACGUCGCCGACCCCGUGGCAAUCCUGCGGGAAAUGAAGCGGGUCUGCAGAAACGGCGGAAUCGUCGCUGCCCGCGAAUCUGAUUACUCGGUCUUCAUGUGGUACCCCGAGCUCCCCGGGCUGCGCCGGUGGCAGGAGCUGUAUGACCAGGUCGCGAGGAAGAACGGGGGCGAGCCGAAUGCGGGGCGGCACUUGCAUGUCUGGGCGCGGAGGGCUGGGUUCGAUGUGCAGGAUGUCGAGUCGACGGUUUCUUCGUGGUGUUUUGCCAAACCUGACGAAAUAAAGUGGUGGAGUGGCGCGUGGCAGGAGAGGAUUCUGCAGCCUGCGUUUGCGAGGGGGGCACUUGAGGGUGGGUUUGCGACUGAGGAUGAGCUUAAGCAGAUUUCGGGGGUUUGGAAGGAGUGGGGGGAGCAUGAGGAUGCCUUGAUUUCAAUUCCUAGUGCAGAGGUUGUUUGUCGGAAGCAUUGA